AUGCGCCUCGUUGCGCUCGGCGUUGCGCUGCUCACUGCGGCCCCGGUCGUACAGGCCAUCCCUGCGUCACGCUUGAGGGCAAGGCAGGCCAUAACUGCACUGGGGCAGUCACAGAUCACGGCAUUCACCCCAUACACAUACUACGCGAGCGCUGGUUACUGCCCCGCGUCGGAGACGCUGACCUGGACUUGUGGCACGAACUGCGAGGCAAACCCGGGAUUCGAGCCGGUAGCGUCAGGGGGGUUCGUCGGGUAUGAUCCCACACUGGAAACCGUCAUCGUAUCACAUCAAGGAACAGACCCUGAGGAGAUUUUACCUCUGGUCACUGAUGGGGACAUAACCCUGGUGAACUUGGACUCGACAUUGUUCCCCGGAUUGAGCUCCGACAUCGAAGUGCACGAAGGCUUUGCAGAUGCUCAAGCAGAGACCGCAACAGACGUGUUAUCGGCUGUGCAGUCGACCAUGUCGACGUAUGGUGCUAGCAAAAUCACGAUUGUUGGUCAUUCAUUGGACUCACUUUCACCAGGCGCGGCGAUUUCACUGCUUGACUCCGUAUAUCUGCCGCUUCACAUCUCGGAUGCGACCUUCACGUUCGUGGGCUAUGGCUUGCCACGGGUCGGCAACCAAGCGUUUGCGAACUACGUCGACGCGCAGCCGACGUCCGUGACGCACAUUAACAACGAGGAGGAUCCAAUCCCUAUCUGCCCAGGCAUGUUCCUCGGCUUCGUCCACCCAUCGGGUGAGGUCCACAUCCAAGACUCGGGCGAGUGGGCGGCGUGCCCGGGCCAGGACAAUCCGAGCACGCAGUGCAUCGUCGGAGACGUACCCACUGUUCUUGAUGGUGAUGAGUCGGACCACGAUGGACCGUAUAAUGGGAUCGAAAUGGGCUGUUAA